AUGGCAUCAAAACCUGGCAUUCUGACCAAUUGGCCAUGGCAGCCUCUGGGGAGUUUCAAGUGGGUGAUUUUGACACCAUGGAUUGCACACAGCACUUACUCUUUCGUAGUCAAUGAUCCAAAGCAGAGAGACCUUGGUUACUUCCUCAUCUUCCCCUACAUGUUGGUGAGGAUGCUGCAUGACCAAAUCUGGAUCACACUUUCUCGCCAUAGAACUGCCAAAGGCAAAAGCAGAAUCGUUGACAAGGGCAUCGAGUUUGAACAAGUUGAUCGAGAAAGCAAUUGGGAUGACCAGAUCUUGUUCAAUGGGAUUUUGUUUUAUAUAGGGUAUAUGUUAAUUCCAGAGGGUUCUCACUUGCCCUUGUGGAGAACAGAUGGUGUGGUUAUCACUGCUCUUUUGCAUGCAGGACCAGUGGAGUUUCUUUAUUACUGGUUACACAGAGCACUUCAUCAUCACUUUCUCUACUCUAGAUACCACUCUCACCAUCACUCUUCCAUUGUCACAGAGCCUAUAACUUCUGUGAUUCAUCCAUUUGCAGAGCACAUUGCAUACUUUUUGUUAUUUGCAAUUCCACUGUACACAACUGUGGUCACAAGAACAGCUUCUAUAGCAUCUUAUGCUGGUUAUCUUGCAUACAUUGACUUCAUGAACAAUUUGGGUCACUGCAAUUUCGAGUUCAUUCCAAAGGCCAUAUUCUCAACCUUUCCCUUCCUAAAGUAUCUCAUGUACACCCCAUCGUAA